GUUGCAUCUGACAGUUUUGAUCAGGAGGGAUCAGACUCAUCUGCCCUAAGUGUUUUGUCUAUGAAGAGUGACCGAUCAAUGCAAAUGCCAAUUCAUUUGAAAAAUGGAUCAAUGGAAAAAAGUUUUGAUCAGGAGGGAUCAGACUCAUCUGCCCCCAAGUGUUUUGUCUAUGAAGAGCGACCGAUCAAUGCAAAUGCCAAUUCAUCUGAAAAAUGGAUUAGCUCCAUUGGGAAAAAGGUAAUGAUAAUAACUCACAUAAGUCUUCAGCAGGAGAGAUCAGACUCAUCUGCUCCAAGUGUUUUGUCUUUAAAGAGUGAUCGAUCAAUGCAAAUGCCAAUUCACUUAACAAAUAAAACAUAUAUACCACAUUUAAGUUUGGUGGACAGAUCAGACUCUUCUGGCCCAAGUGUUUUGUCCAUGAAGAGCAACCGGUCAAUGCAAAUGCCAAUUCAUCUGAAUGGAUCACCUCCACUGACACUAAGGGAUUCACUAACUAAAUCAUGUCAGGACGCUGUAAAGACUGGCAGCUUUCUUGGAGAAUUCAUUCAUCAAUUCUCUGAUACUGACAAACCUAUUUUCAACACAAGUGAUUCAGAAACGCCUGACGUCAAGAUUCAUAGAUUAAAAUCAGAAAUAAAAAAGAAGCAUCUGUACAUUUUUGAAGGAUUUGCAAAGCAGGGAAACCCAACACUCCUGAAUGAGAUCUACAUAGACCUCUACAUUACAGAGGGAGGGAAUGGAGAGAUCAGUAAUGAACAUGAAAUUAAAAGGAUAGAAAAAACUUUGAAGACUGCAGCAGGAGCAACAAUACCAAUCAAAUGCAGUGACAUCUUUAGAGCUUUACCUGGACAAGACAAACGCAUCAGAACUGUGCUGACAAAAGGAGUCGCUGGCAUUGGAAAAACUGUCUCUGUGCAGAAGUUCAUCCUGGACUGGGCUGAAGGACAAGAGAAUCAGGACGUCCAGCUCAUAUUUCCUCUUCCUUUCAGAGAACUCAAUCUGAUGAAGGACAAAACACUCAGUCUUUCGGAUCUUCUUUAUGUCUUUUUCCCUGAAACAAAAGAAAUGGAAAUAUCCAGUGACAAAUAUAAAGUGUUGUUCAUCUUUGAUGGUCUGGACGAGUGUCGUCUGUCUCUGGAUUUUCAGAGCGAUGUGAGGUUGUGUGAUGUAAGUGAAUCAGCAUCAGUGGACGUGCUGCUGAAGAACCUCAUUGUGGGGAAUCUGCUUCCCUCUGCUCUCAUCUGGAUCACCUCCAGACCAGCAGCAGCUGAUCUCAUCCCCUCUGAGUGUGUCCAUCGAGUGACAGAGGUACGAGGCUUCAAUGAUCCACAGAAGGAGGAAUACUUCAGGAAGAGAAUCAGAGAUCAGAGUCUGGCCGAUAGGAUCAUCUCACACCUGAAAUCUUCAAGGAGCCUCUUCAUCAUGUGUCACAUCCCAGUCUUCUGCUGGAUCUCAGCCGCUGUUCUGGAGAAGAUGUUGAGUCAAGCAGAGAGUGGAGAGAUUCCCAAGACUCUCACUCAAAUGUACACACACUUCCUGAUCCUUCAGACCAACAUCAAACAUGAGAAGGACUAUGAGAAGAACGUGACAGAUGAAGACAUGAUCCUCAAACUGGGGAAAGUGGCUUUUCAGCAGCUUGUGAAAGGCAACCUGAUCUUCUAUGAGGAAGACCUGAGAGAGUGUGGCAUUGAUGUGACAGAAGCAUCAGUGUACUCAGGAUUGUGCACUCAGAUCUUCAGAGAGGAGUUUGGCUUGUAUCAGGGGAAAGUCUUCUGCUUUGUUCAUCUGAGCAUUCAGGAACAUCUAGCGGCUCUAUAUGUCCACCUCACCUUCUGCAACAGCACAAUAAAUGUGCUUGAAGAACAUGAAUCAGAAAAGCCUGUAACAAUGUUGAGUUUACACAAGUGUGCAGUUAACAAAACUUUACAAUGUAAAAACGGACAUCUUGAUCUUUUCCUUCGCUUCCUCAUGGGACUUUCAAUGGAGUCAAACGAGAGCCUUUUGGUGAAAAGAGGGCUUUUGGUGAAGAAGGCCAACUGCUUCCUGGAAAGAGAGAAAACUAUUGAGUAUCUCAAGAAAAUGUUAAACACAAUCCCUUGCUCAGAAAUGGCUCUUGUUAUUAUCCACUGUCUAAAUGAACUCAAUGAUCAAUCCCUCAUUAUAGAAAUCCAAAGCUACCUGACCUCUGGUAAAAUAAACAGAGACACUCUUCUCCCUCAUCAGUGGUUGGCUCUAGUGUACAUCUUAAUGACAUCAAGUGAAAAGUUUGAGGAGUUUGACCUUCGUAAAUACGGAAGAUUGGACGCAGCCCUGCUUUGGCUGCUUCCUGUGAUCAAGUUGUCAAAAAAGAUCUGGUUGAAUGACUGUAAUAUCACAUAUAAAGGCUGUGCAACGCUGUCUAUGGUUCUUUUAUCACAAUCCAAUGUGAGAGAAAUGGACCUGAGCCACAACAACCUGCAGGACUCAGGAGUGGAAAUACUCUGUAUUGGAUUAAAGAAAUUACCCAACGUGGAAUCACUGGUGAAGGAAUGGUUAAGCACUAAGCAAAUUGAUGGACUUAAUCUGAGUAAGCAAGGGAACAUAAAUUAUGAAGAUUAUUUAUGUCACACUGCUGGACUAGAAGACACGGACUGUAGACUGGAAUAUUUGAAUCUGGAGAACUGUAGAGUAACAGAAGCAGGUUGUGUUUACCUGAGCAAAGCUCUGAGUUCAAACCCUUUUCAUCUGAGAGAGCUGGACCUGAGCUGGAAUGAAAUAGCAGACUCUGGAGUGAAACACCUCUGUGCUGCUCUGGUGAAAGUUCACUGUGCACUGGAAACACUCAGGUUGGACAAAUGUGAAAUCACUGAGAAAUGUUGCACUGCUUUAGCUUCAGCUCUCGGCUCUCAGACCUCCAGUCUAACAGAACUGGAUCUGAGCAUGAAUUAUCUACAAGACUCAGGGGUGAAGAAGCUCUGUCUCGGACUAACAAGUCCUCACUGUAAACUAGAGAAGCUAAGGUUGUCCAAGUGUAAAGUUAGACAUGAAGGGGUGACAGCACUGAAUGAAGCUCUGAAAUCAAAUCCAUCUCACCUAAAAGAACUUGAUCUCCUUGAGAAUGAUCUGGAAGAGUCAGACUUGAAAGUACUCUCCAUACUACAAAUCAUCGCAAAAUUGAAGAAGUACCACUAA